GCCGCCAACAACCUGGCUGUUUGCUCCCUUUACUUGGGUCAAUUGGAGGAGGCAAUCGGCGUGCUGGAAUCCCUCACUACUCCUACGGAUCCCGCCACUGGUCGACCCAUCCUACAUGAUGUCAUUGUAGCUAAUCUGGCUGUGCUGUAUGAGGUCGAGUCAGACGGUUCGGCAGCCAGGAAGUUGCGUCUCCUCGAACGCCUUGCCGCUGCGCCGGGCGAGACUGUCUCGGUGUCGGCAAUUAAACUCGGAUGA